AUGUCAUCAGCUCCAUUCUCUGUCGAUCCGCCGGCGGCGGUGACUUUACGGCAUGGCGCGACUCAGCGAGCAGGGCCGACAUCAGCGACGACUGCGGCGGCCAAAGCUGUCGGAGGCAGAGGCAGUCGGGCCCACCCGGUUCAGAAGGGAGCCGGGCGCAAGUUAGUGGCGUGCAAGGAGCUCUUCUUCGCCGGGUUUCCCUGCAGGGUGCCGUACCGGCGCCAAGCACCAAGCGCCCCGAAGCCGUCCACUACGCCACCGUCCGUGGCCGCCUACUCGAAGGCGUUUGUGCGUGGCUUUUUCCAACAGUACGGUGCUGUGGAGGCGCUGUUCUACGACGAGGCGCGGGGUAUGGGCAGCGUCGUGUUCGCCGAUGGCGCCGAUGCGGAGAACUGCUACCUUGCGGUGCACCUCUCCUUCAUCGCUGCGCCUGACAAGGACGGUGGGAUGGGUCAGCCGACGUGGGAGCAGGACAGGCAGGGCGAAGCGCUGGAGGAGCGGCAGGCUCGCGUGCCGGAUUGUCUUCUGUGCCUCGAGUUUGCGCAUUGCUGCCCAUUCGUGCACCCCUUCUUGCUGGCACGGGACGCCCAACUGGUGGGUGAGGAGAAGCACUGGGAGGUCCCGGGCGGCGAGCUGAGCCGCGCGCUCCUCCUCCAUAGAUUUCCGCUGCUGCUGCUGAACUCUGACUCGCGGCCGUCGGCUAUGGAGCCGAUGGUGCCCGUUGCGUCGCACGUGGUAGUUCGCUGGAAGACGGAGACCUUAGAGACCCCAGUGCCGUGCACCGAGGUUGUCGAGGACAGUGACAGAGGAUACGAUGCCGCUGCUCAUUCGCCAGUGGCCACGCCAUCUCUUGAAUCGCGGCGUGUGAAGCGUGUUGGUCCGAUCUUCCCUGGCCGUGGCAUCGCGCCAGCUGCCAUCGAAGAGGCGCUUUGGCAGAUCCUGCGACCAGUCCACGUUGCCGCGCAGAGUGGGCGCGCGGUGACAGUGCUGGACAUGUGGUGGGAGUACUACAACCUCUACGCACUUCACAAAACACAGCCUUCGGCCGACCGCAUCGCCGAUGACACCUUCCGCUACGCAGAGCAGUUGUCUCUCACUCAGGAGGUGCGGGAGGUGCAGCGGCAGAGUCGCGAGUACGCGCACGGCGACGAGGCGGCUGCACAGCUGGUCAUGCAGCGGCUCAUUCAUGAUAACCUCUACCACAGUGCCCUGUGCUACAUCUAUGUGAAGCAAAAGUUCAAGUACGACCCGAUGUGGGCAAGUCUGAUGCGCGACGUCUAUACAGCGAAGGUGGUGCAGCGCGUGCAGGCGUGGCGGGCACUGGAGGCCGAGACGGCCGAGGCUUCCAUGCAAGGCCAGCAAAGUCGCACAGAAGAGGGGUGCGUCAAGGGUAGAACCCACUCCGCAACGUCGUCGACAACGGCGACAAGAUCCCUCGAUACUCGUCGAGGCAGAGCAGUCAAGGCCGCCCUCGAGGCGCUCUACGAACCGCAGCCGACAAAGCAGGAGGACAUCAAGGCGCUGCGUGAGACGGAGCGGCUGUGGCGCACGAUGCCGCGUACGGAGGCGGCCGCGAACCUCAUCGAAAAUGUGAGGCUCCUCGAGAAGAUCAAGCGCGGCCAGGUGGACCGAAACGGCCAUGACAAGUUCGACACGCGGUCGCCGCUGCCGGCGCUGUCACCCGACAGCGAUGGCACGCAACCGUCCGAUAUGAACAUCGAGUCAGCGUACCCGACCAUGAGUGCCGCCCAGCGAGACGAGAAACUCUACUUGACAGUGAUGCAGAACGUCGACGGCUAUGUAGCGAGCGGGACGGCCGAAGAGCUGCUGAGCUUGUGUGAGAAUCCGAAGCUAUUCCGGUACGUCAAGGGGCAUAUCGGGUACGAGGAGGCGCACCGACUGCCUUCCUACUGGCGUGCCUACAUCAACGCGAUGUGGGUGCCUUUGAUUGCUUUUCUUCUCCUGGGCUUCGGCACACAUUACGUUGUGGAACGGCUGGGCAUCAACGAGGCAUAUGAGAAAGCCGUUGCAGAGCGCAAGCAUCGCGAAUCGUACGAGCACCUGCGCGACCUGGUCAACAAGCAGCGAGCCUUUCUCGACCAGCAUGGCCCGGACGGCGUACAAGUCAAGACAGCGCUGCAGAUGAUGAACGAGACGAUAAGGCGUACGUCCGAGGCGGCAGCGAAGGCAGGUAGGAAGUUCCACAUCGAGCUUAAGCAAGAUCUCUGA